AUGUCUUGGAAUUUUAGAUCAACUUUAGAAUAACUAGGUGAAUUGUAUUAUAAAUACUUAAAAACUUGCUUAAAGAUUUAUAAGCCUCAUUUUUUUGUUGAGUAUAUUGAAAAAAUUAGUGACAAUAUUGAUGGUAAUGAUGAAGAUGACUGCUGUUAUAAUUAUUACAAUUAAUAUAGAAUGAGGUAAAUAAAAGUAUUAGAUACAGAGAAAAACAUAAAAAAGAUGUUAAUUGUCUUUUAAACAGAUUGUGAUCGUGAAGAAAAAUUGAUAACUUUUAAAGAAAUUUUCACUAGCUUAGGAAGAAGCGAUCUUGUACUGGAUCUUUAUGAUUCUUAUUUUUUAGAUCCAGAGAGUACCUUCUAUGUUUUUGAAAUGGAAUGUUAUGAUUUAACUUCAGAUGCUCUAUUAAAUAAAUGUAUUGUACCUGUUCACCAGCUAAGAAAAAUCGUGCAAAAAUAAUUAAAUUGCAUUUUUAAAUUAUUACGUCUUGAUCUCUAAGAUAAUUAAGCAGAUGCUCCUCUUUACAUCAAUUUAUUAAAUCAGAAUUAGAUUUAAGUCAAGUUAAAUCUCUUUGAUUUUUAUGAACAAAUUUAAAGCUUAUUAGAUGAAUCUUAUGAUGGUAAGAAAAAAUAAAUUAAUGAAUAUGACAAUGAAAUACUUUAAGCAGCUAAUAUAGAUGAAAAUUUGAUCAUAGCAAUCAAUCAAUAGCUAUCAGAAUAUGAAUAAAAUACUUUCUUACCAUAAUCGAAGUAAAAGUUUUUAGAAAAGAUACUAAGUAUGAACUAAAAAGAUUAAAAAGAGCACUGUUUAAAGAUAUUUGAAAUGAUUUCUUAGCAUCCUCAAUAUAAUAAUUUUUAGAUAAUUUAAAUUUAAAAGGAAUAUUUUGAAUUAUAAUUAGAAAAACUAAAUAAGACGAUUUUACUGAUAGGAAUUAAAUUCGAUGCUGCUAAUGAAGCCUUAAAAAUGGAAAAUGAAUAUAAAUAAUUAUACUUACUAUCAGGAAAAUUUAAAUCAUAUUUGAUAGACACAUAAACUUUUUAAUUAGAGAAUUGCAUCUACUUGUUGCUAGAAUUUGAGAAAAUUAAUGAUACUGAAGCAAAUUAAUCUAUCAGAUUAUCUGAUUAUACUUAUGAAAAAGAUAGAGAAGCUUUUGAUUUUUUGCAAAUGCUAAUAGAAAUCAGUUAUGAACUCUAUUUAAAAUACAAUAUAAAAUUAACAGAUAUAGAUCCAUAUGAAAUUUUAAUUUAAUAAAAUAUGUAAUAAGGAAUUAAUUAAAUUCUUAUUGAUAGAUUUAACUUCAAAAAUUGCUGUAAAGAGUAUAUUAAAUUAAUAUCAAGAUGUUUUGAGAGAUUUAAUAAAUAUUAUGAUAAAUUAUAAAAAUAAUAUUUUAACGGCAAUAUUAAUUAUGACAAUAAUCAUUAUCAUUCAAUACUUUCAUAUUUAUAGAUGGUAUCAAACGAUACAAUAAAAAAUAUAAAUGAAAUAUAAAAGUAAUACUAAAAUAUUACUAAAAUGCUUGAGCUUCUUUAGACUGCAAUCGAAUUAAAAGAAAAUAAUUAAUAUUUCUAUGCAUAUAUAUGCCAAUAUAAUCCUUAUAAAUUAUCAGUAGAUUUAAAAAAUUACUUUAGUACAGGGAUUAAAAAUAACGAUCUUAAUUGA